UCUUAGUUCGUCGUUGAUUCGCUCUGUAGCAGGACUAUUUGCCGGGCCACAUGUAUUCGUGUUUAGUUGUUCUUGAAAUCUAUUCAGUUUCAAGAGUUCUUUGUUGGAUCACUUGGAUCUGUUUUCAAUUUUGAUAUUUUCUUGUGGGAAAAAUCAAUUUUGAAUCUCGAGAGCCAUUCAGAUCGAAAGAACAUCUUUGACGAGAUGAUGAAUACACGUAUUCUUGGUUUUGGAGUUCAUCCGGUUGCAAAAGAAGACUGACCAUUAUGUUAAGGUUGCUGUGUUGGCGGACCCACAGCUUAUGGACAGGACCUCACAUGGACUUCCUCCAAAAUCACUUUUGUUAGAGGCUGCCCAAUUUUAUACAGAUUUAUACAUGAGGAGAUCUUUCCGUUCAUCCAUAUUGCCAUUCAAACCUGAUUUGAUUGUAUUUCUUGGUGAUCAGUUUGAUGGUGGGCCUUUCUUGUCGGAUGAGGAGUGGCAAGAGUCAUUGAACCGAUUUAAACACAUUUUCAGUCUGAAUGAAAAGGGCAGAGAUUUGGCCAUCCCUAUUUAUUACCUCUCUGGAAAUCAUGAUAUUGGCUAUGCAGGUUUCCAUUCACAGUAUCCAAAGGUGAUCAGUCAUUAUGAGAAGGAAUUUGGAGCAAGAAACUACCAAAUUUCUGUUGGAAAGAUCAACUUUAUCGUUGUUGAUGCUCAAACACUCGAUGGGCCUAAACAAGGAAAAGAAACAUCUUUAUCCUGGGAUUUUAUCAAACACAUAUCUAAUGAUGCCACAUCAAAUCCAAAGGUUUUGUUGACGCACAUCCCUCUUUAUCGUCCUGAUGACACCCCUUGUGGUUCACAUCGUUCUUCCUCUGUUAUCAAUCAGAGGAUUUCAUAUGCUGGUACUGAUCAUGGAAUCUCGUAUCAGAACUAUCUAAGCGAGGAAACUUCAAACCAUUUACUGGACCUCAUCAGACCUACACUUGUGUUGUCAGGUCAUGAUCAUGAUCAAUGUACAGUGGUACACUCUACACCUGCUGGAACUGUAACUGAGCACACUGUUGGAACUGUCAGCUGGCAGCAGGGAAACCUGUAUCCAUCAUUCAUGCUGCUGUCUGCAAGAUCAAAUUCAACCAACUCAGAGGAUGCUGUUUCUACUAAUUUAUGUUUUCUUCCAAUGCAAACUCAUAUCUACAUCUGGUAUCUGACUCAGUUUGUCAUAACUCUCAUUUUGAUCAUCAUGUGGCCAACAAAUGGCUUGGGACUUUCUGACAAAUGUAUGAGCUACAUUACAGCAAUGAAAAAUAAUCUAAUGUCCACAUCUAAAGAAAAAGAUGAAGAGGAGAAUUGCGAAUAUGAAAUGGUCUGGGAUGCAGAUGGGUCAAUGCAUCUUGUCAAGAAGGCCAGAACAAGGGUCCCAGCCCCAAAGUCCGAUACAGGGUUUACAGGGAGGAGAAAGGUUGUCUCGAGGCCAACAGCAAAGAAGCAUUUGCAAGAGGCAGAGGCAUCUGUCUCGGUGGACUUGAGCUGGGAGUCAAAGCCAGAAGACACUGCAAAAAUGCAACGCCCAAGCAAAUCAAAGGUCAGAACAGUGGUCCAGCGGCUGUUUCGGCUACGGCUGCUUGUGAUUGUUGCUGCGGUGAAUGUCCCGCUUUAUAUGAUGCUGCUUUUCAAGGAUUGGAUCGACCGGUGACCUAACAAGUGGAAGUUGAAAGGGUCACUGUUGCAUGCAUGUUCUUGAGGUGGGGAUGAUUUUAUGGUGGCUUAUGUGUAGAACAGGAUGUAAUAGAAAACCUUUCUCAUUCUGUCUUGUUUCUAAUCAUUUGCAUGUAGUUUUGCCACGAGGUUGAUUUCCUUUCUUUUGUGACACGCGAAGAAGCUUGAUGGUGAUAUGACAUGAAAUCCACAAAGUUACAUCCCAGGAUUCAGUAUAGGAAGUUAAAUCUAUUCUGAAUAACAGAACAUGACUCGGGCUGAAUAAGAGCACUAUUUCUUGUAUAAGCAGUAAUUUUUGUUUGGGUGACCUCUAUAGAAAGUUAUUUAUUUAUUUAUUUA